GCUCCCGAUGGCCAUAUUUUUCUGGAAGCCUUUUCUCCAGUUUACAAAUACGCGCAGGAUUUCUUGGUUGCCAUUGCUGAGCCUGUGUGCAGACCAACCCAUAUUCACGAGUACAAGCUGACUGCUUACUCACUGUAUGCUGCUGUUAGUGUUGGCUUACAAACGAGUGACAUCACAGAGUAUUUACAAAAACUGAGCAAGACUGGUGUUCCAGAUGGAAUAAUUCAGUUUAUCAAGCUGUGUACCGUCAGCUAUGGGAAGGUGAAGCUGGUACUGAAACAUAACAGGUAUUUUGUGGAAAGUACCCACCCUGAUGUCAUUCAGCAGCUUCUGCAAGAUCAUGUUAUUAGAGACUGUCGCCUAAGAAAUGCUGAGGGUGAAGAAACAGAGCUCAUUACAGAGACAUUCACGAGUAAAUCAGCGAUUUCCAAAUCCAGUGAAGGUGGCUUUGGUCCUUCAACAUCACAGGGAACAGAUGCUCAGAAUAAGCCUGAUGUCCCAGCUGACUUAUUUGAGUUUUAUGAACAGAUGGACAAAGAUGAGGAGGAGGAGGAGGAAACACAGACAGUAUCUUUUGAAGUCAAGCAGGAGAUGAUUGAAGAACUUCAAAAGCGUUGUAUCCAUUUGGAGUACCCCUUGCUGGCAGAAUAUGAUUUCAGAAAUGAUUCCGUGAAUCCCGAUAUUAAUAUAGAUCUGAAACCUACAGCUGUUCUCAGGCCCUAUCAAGAGAAAAGCCUACGGAAGAUGUUUGGAAAUGGGCGAGCCAGAUCUGGUGUUAUUGUCUUGCCAUGUG